UCCAAACACAACAACUGAAUUGUGAGAACAUCUUCAAUUACAACACACUCCCAAUCCAUACUCAAAAUGAAAGUAUCUAUCGUGAUCGCCCUCAUUGCAUCCUUCGUCCUGGCAUUCGCAUCAGCUCGCCCUCAAUUUGAGCGUGGCUCCAUUUUCGCUCCCAGUGGACGCUUUGCCAUGACUCAGAACUGGGCCUCUCCUCCUGUGGAUCUGAGCAAAGGCGUGGUUUUCUUGCCAGAGGCAACGCCCAUCACCGAACCACCACAGGAGCCAAAACUCACGCCGACCAGCAAGACGACUUAAAAGAAAUGAUUUCAUAUUAGAAUAUACUGUAUUUAUUAAACAUUAUCUAUAACUCAAAGAGUAAAUAUAAAUUGUAGAUCUCAAACA